AUGAUGGUGGAAGGAUCAGCUUUUACAAGGAACGAUGUGUUUCAAAUGGCAAUUCGAGUGGCUUUUGUAUCGGCUGUUACUUAUUUUUCAAUUAAAUGGCUUGUAAAUCAGAUCGACCCUACUUCAAAAAGUCGUAAGAAAGCGGAGGAACGAGCUCGUGAACAGUUACGCAAGAUAUCUUGCAGAGCGGGGCUUGGCGGCAAACACUCAGUGGAGCUAGACAAGUUGACAGACCAUGAGAUGAUUAUUGCUUCACAGUUGGUUGUACCAGAUGAGAUAAAUGUAAACUGGAAAGAUAUAGCUGGCUUGGACCACUUGAUCCAAGAACUCCGUGAAACUGUAAUCCUGCCAAUACAGAAACGGGAACUUUUUGCUGACAGCAGACUUACACAACCACCCAAAGGAGUGUUGCUACAUGGACCCCCAGGCUGUGGAAAGACCUUGAUCGCGAAGGCAACAGCAAAGGAAGCUAACAUGAGCUUUAUUAACUUAGAUGUGUCACUGCUCACUGACAAAUGGUACGGUGAGACACAGAAAUUAGCGGCUGCUGUGUUCAGUCUCGCUGUCAAGCUACAACCUUGCAUUGUGUUCAUAGACGAGAUCGAGUCAUUUCUGCGCACGCGCACCCAACAUGACCACGAGGCGACGGCCAUGAUGAAAACGCAGUUCAUGUCGCUUUGGGACGGACUCAUCACCGACAACACCUGUACCGUGAUUAUCAUGGGAGCGACGAACCGUCCCCAAGACCUGGACAAGGCGAUCCAACGCCGCAUGCCGGCCACCUUCCACGUGCCCAUGCCCAACGAGAUGCAGCGCGAGAGGAUCCUGCAGCUCAUACUGAAGUCCGAGCCUGUCUCAGACGAUAUUGACUACCGUCGCCUUGCAAGUGCAACAGAGGGCUUCUCUGGUUCAGAUCUGCACGAGCUAUGUCGCCAAGCUGCUGUGUACCGGGUCCGCGAGUUCGCCAGGGAAGAGUGUGCCCGGGAGACUGAUGAGGUGAAAAAUAAAACAACAAAUUCAGAGUCCGACGAAGAGUUUGUUGAUGCAGUUCGGCCAAUCACCAUGGAGGACUUGAGGCUGUCACUGAACAAGCUCAAAGAGUCCAAGUUUCAGUGCGGUACCUUAGCGCCCAACAUGCGGAUAGAGCUCGAUUAG